AUGUAUGAGACGGAUCCUGAUAUAAUUCGAACAUUGAAAUGCGUUUUUAUUGGAUCAGAAGAAGUUGGUAAAACAUCUUUGAUUGUAUCUUAUACAACACAAGGAUAUCCCACUAAAUAUGUUCCAACUACCUUCGAUAACUAUUCAGUUGUGGUGAAUGUGGAUAAGAAGCCGAUUAGAAUUCAAUUAUGCGACACAGCUGGACAGCAUAAGUUUGAUGGAAUACGGCCAUUAUCUUAUCCAGACUGUAAUGUAUUCAUUGUUGUGUAUUCUGUAAUUAAUAGAAGAUCGUUUGAUGAAGUUAUGAAUCGUUGGAUGCCUGAGAUAUCCAAGGUAUCACCAAAUAUUCCAGUUAUACUCGUUGGUACUCAAUCUGAUCGUCGUGGAUGGGAUUAUAAUAUUUCUGAUUGUAUCUCAACCUCACGAGGAAAACAGCUUGCUAAUCAGAUAAGAGCAGUCGAAUUCUAUGAAUGCUCAGCUUUAACUCAAGAAAAUCUUAAGCAGAUGUUCGAUUCUGUUAUUCUGGCUGGAUUAGAAGAGCAGAAGACAUUCGGAAAACGACCGCAAACUUCUAAGCUGAAACAAGGAUUUCAAAGAUUAAUUCAUAUGACUAGAAGGUUAAUGUAA